AUGGCCGAGGCAGACGGUGCCACGGAGCGGGACCAGGCAUCCGGGUCAUGUGCAACGUGUGGGAAGGGCCUGGCCAAGUACCGCUGCCCCCGCUGCACCACCCGGUCGUGCAGCUUGGAAUGCGUGAAAGCACACAAGCAGCAAUCAGGGUGCUCUGGGAAACGCGACAGGACGGCCUUCCUCGGUCGUGCGCAGCUGGAUGAGCGGAGCCUGUUGUCAGAUCUCAGAUUUUUGGAGGAGGUGCAAUUAGCCGACGAGGUGGCAAAGAGGGCAGCCCCCGCCAGGCCUGCCAUGCUGCUGCCCAGGGGUCUGCAGACCUUGCUGCAACAGGCAAAAAGGCGAGGGGUAGAGCUGCACCUCCUGCCCAUGGGCAUGGCCGCCAGGAAGACCAACACAACGCGGUAUAAUCCUAAGCAAGGCAUCAUGGAGUGGAGACUGGAAUGGAAGUUUCAAUCUGCACCAAACUUCAAGCCCGUGAACGCAAGGUGA